AAUUCAACGAAUUGAUAAGAUAGAUGAUAAAAAACCGUAACCAUAUUGAGAAAAGUGUUUCACCUUGGAAAAAGAGACAAAUCUGGUUCUUUUCCCCCAUCCGUUUAUUAAUUAUAGUUGAUGUUGUGUUCCUUCCUUCCAUUCCAAGCUGAUAGUUGACUACUAUUCAUUCAUUAUUGGCAACUAGUAACACAAUAUCCGUGAUUGUACACACAGACACUUAACUCUGCAGCAAGCGUUACCUGUUUGUUUGUUUGUUUGUUUCCGGUGGCAAUGGGUUCGGUACUUGAACAACUCACCUCCCUUGACUGGCAACAACAAUCUUACCCUGCUUUUCCUGAUUUCUUCCUUUUACCUUUCUUCGCUCUCUUCUUCCCUUCCCUUCGUUUCCUUCUCGACAGAUUUCUUUUCGAGAAAGUGGCAAGACGAUUGAUAUUUGGAAAGGAACAUGGGGUGCUUGAUUUUCAUACAGAUGAUAGAAGAAAGAAGAUUAGGAAAUUUAAAGAAUCAGCAUGGAAAUGCGUAUAUUUUCUAUCUGCAGAGAUUUUUGCACUGUCUGUAACAUAUAAUGAGCCUUGGUUUACUGAUACAAGAAAUUUUUGGGUCGGGCCAGGGAAUCAGAUAUGGCCAGAUCAAAAGAUAAAAUUGAAAUUGAAGGGGCUGUAUAUGUAUGCUGCUGGAUUUUAUUCAUACUCCAUACUUGCUUUAAUAUUCUGGGAAACAAGACGCUCCGACUUUGGGAUUUCAAUGACACAUCAUGUUGCUUCUCUCAGUCUCAUUGUGUUAUCCUACAUAUAUAGGUUUGUUCGUGUUGGAUCAGUUGUUUUGGCCCUUCAUGAUGCAACUGAUGUGUAUUUGGAGAUAGGGAAAAUGUCCAAAUACAGCGGCGCUGAAACAAUAGCUAGCUUUGCAUUUAUUCUUUUUGUUUUGUCUUUCACCAUACUACGCGUCAUUUACUACCCAUUCUGGGUUCUUCGAAGUACAAGCUAUGAAGUUGUUGUCACCUUGAAAUUGGAAAACCAUUGGAUGGAUGGUUCAAUAUAUUAUUAUGUAUUCAAUACUCUUUUAUUCUGUUUGCUUGUUCUUAAUAUUUAUUGGUGGGUGUUGAUGCUUCGAAUGCUUGUUGGUCAAAUCCGCGCAAGAGGAAAAGUUAGUGAAGAUAUUCGAUCUGAUUCAGAAGAUGAACAUGAACAUGAAGAAUGAGCAUGAAAACAAGAUUAACUAUAGUCACAAUUUGUUUGAAAUGGUUUCAAGUUGUUUUACACAUACCCUAGGUAUCAAGUUCUUUCACAUUUGGUUUCUAUGAGGUGUCAACUCAGUGGAUACAUCCCUCGAUGACAGUUGUAAAAUGGUCAUUAGUAAUACUUUGAUUAAUGAUAUUGUCACAUUGUAUGAUGACUAGAGUAAAAUUGAGGACAAUGUAAAAUUCACCAAAAAUAGUGUAUAUAAACAUAAAGCUGCUUGUACAAAUUAUUUCUGCUACUAGAGAGUUGAAUUAUGUCAGAAAUGUUCCAUACAGAUCAAAAUUUUGAGCCUCUAUUUCAUA